AUUUUGGGAGGAAGCGAGAAUAGAAAUUUGGGUGUAGAGAUGAAGGCUUGUCAUCGGAGGCCUUGAUCCGAUAAGGCUCCGAUCCGAUCCAUUCCGUUUCCGAUCCGCGAUACGUCACCAUGUUUCUGUUCGACUGGUUCUACGGCGUGCUCGCUUCCCUCGGUCUGUGGCAGAAGGAGGCCAAGAUCUUGUUCCUAGGGCUCGAUAAUGCCGGCAAGACCACCUUGCUUCACAUGCUCAAAGAUGAGAGGCUGGUGCAGCAUCAACCUACGCAAUAUCCUACGUCCGAGGAGUUGAGUAUUGGCAAAAUCAAGUUCAAGGCCUUUGAUUUGGGAGGUCAUCAGAUUGCUCGCAGGGUCUGGAAGGAUUACUACGCAAAGGUAGAUGCUGUGGUGUACCUUGUGGAUGCCCAUGACAAGGAGAGGUUUGCUGAAUCAAAGAAGGAACUAGAUGCGCUCCUUUCUGAUGAAGCCCUUGCCAGUGUCCCAUUUUUAAUUCUGGGGAACAAGAUCGACAUACCAUAUGCUGCUUCAGAAGAUGAGUUGCGAUACCACCUUGGACUGUCCAACUUCACCACAGGCAAGGGGAAGGUAAACCUAGCCGACUCAAAUGUCCGUCCAUUAGAAGUCUUCAUGUGUAGCAUUGUACGUAAAAUGGGCUAUGGCGAUGGUUUUAAGUGGCUCUCUCAAUACAUUAAGUAGGUUCGAGGAUGGUCGAUGAAAUGUUCUGGAGGCUCCUGAACUACCACAAUAUGUCCCACCUUUAAUCUUGAAAUAGUUUAUUCUGUCCUGCUUUGUUUAGGCUCUUAGAGGGCUUUUAAAUUGAAUCUAUUGUCUUUGGAUUUGUGUGGAAGGAAAUAUCAAUGUCACUGCUUUGUAAAAUCUUGUGGCCUCCAAUCCUUCUUAGCUUUUAUUGUAGAUUGAAAUACUGUGUUUGCAAUUAUCUUUACUGUCUAAAAGAGUAGUUUCAUGUUGUACCA